GUUUUCUUGGAGGAAGGGUUCUGCGAUCUGUAAGCGUUUUCGGGUCCCAAUGAUCUUAAUGCAAGGAGCAGUUCGUCCUUCUCCUUCUUCUCUGACCCGUUUCGCUCGUUUGACCCGACAUCUAUCUUUCUCAAACACUAAACGUUCCUCAAUUCCAGUUUACAGUUAUGGGAGCUCUGGCUCUCGUCUUCAAUCUAACCGCAUUUAUGCAGAUGCUUCCCUGCAGUCGAAUUCAAGUGUACAGAAAAGAGAGAAGAUAACUCUUGAACAACCAGAAAUCAUAUUCAUGGGGACAGGAACCAGUGAAGGAGUCCCACGAGUGAGCUGCCUUACUCACCCCUUAAAGAAAUGCCCGGUUUGCUCAAAAGCUGUAGUACGAGGAAAUAAGAAUAAGAGACUCAAUACAAGCCUCCUUAUUCGUUAUCCUAGACCUUCUGGCAUAUCUAACGUUCUUAUAGAUGCUGGCAAAUUUUUCUACCAAAGUGCUCUUCGAUGGUUCCCUACUUAUGGAAUAAGAUCAAUAGAUGCUGUUGUUAUUACUCAUUCUCAUGCUGAUGCAAUUGGAGGUUUAGAUGAUCUUCGUGACUGGACAAACAAUGUCCAGCCGUAUAUUCCAAUUUAUGUAGCCAAGCGUGAUUUUGAGGUGAUGAAAAAAACACAUUACUAUUUAUUAGACAAAAGCGUGAUCAUACCAGGAGCUGCAGUCUCUGAGUUGCAAUUUGAUAUCAUAGAUGAAAACCCUUUCACUGUACAUGACCUUAAGUUCACUCCUUUGCCAGUGUGGCAUGGUAGUAAUUAUCGUUCCUUGGGUUUCCGCUUUGGCAACAUUUGUUACAUUAGUGAUGUCAGUGCAAUACCUGAUGAGACUUACCCCCUUUUAAAAGAUUGUGAAAUACUUAUAAUGGAUGCAUUGAGGCCAGAUCGAUCUUCUUCAACACAUUUUGGACUUCCACAGGCUUUGGAAGAAGUUCGAAAAAUCCAGCCAAAAAGAACCCUCUUUACAGGUAUGAUGCAUUUGAUGGAUCAUGAAGAAGUGAAUGAAAGUCUCUUGAAGUUGAAAGAAACCGAAGGUUUGGAUGUACAACUCAGUUAUGACGGGCUUCGUGUUCCAAUAAACCUAUAAUAUUUGUGCUUUUUUUUUUGGCACCCUCGCAUUCAUCACCAUAUAAAAAAACACUAAUGCAAUUGAUUUUUUCUUCUUUUGUGUUUAUUAAUGGCAAAUUUUACAGUACCAAAUUUAGGGUCUGA